CGUGUUUGGGUUUCGGUCGCAAACGUGACCAUGAACUCCACGUCGAGCGGGACGCCGCCGGACCAGCAGCCUCAGCCUUCUCCCUCCGACGGUGGCAAAGGCUGCGAUAGAAGCAUGUCCCGCUCCGACAGCGGGAGUGGAGAAGAUUCCCUGGACGCCCUCCCGUGCUGCAUACCUCGCUGCUGCCCCCUGACACCCUCGUUGUCCCCCCAAAAGCGCACCACCAGCCAGUCCCAGACGGAGCCCCCGCUGCUGAGGACCAACAAGAGGACCAUCUACACGGCUGGCAGGCCCCCUUGGUACAACGUCACUGGGACCACCUUCAAGGAGGCCUUUGUCAUUGGUCUGUGUGGAGGAAGUGCUUCUGGGAAAACAACAGUAGCCAAUAAGAUCAUUGAGGCGCUAGACAUUCCCUGGGUGGUUCUGCUCUCCAUGGACUCAUUCUACAAGGUACUCAACAAAGAAGAACAGGAGCUGGCGGCGAAGAGCGAGUACAACUUUGACCACCCCGACGCCUUCGACGUUGAGCUGUUGGUCAACGUCCUGCGAAAGCUGAAGAAAGGAAAAAGCAUCAAAGUCCCCGUGUAUGACUUCACAUCUCACUGCAGACGCAAAGAAUGGAAAACUGUGUACGGGGCCAAUGUUGUCAUCUUUGAGGGCAUCCUGGCCUUCGCCAACAAGGAACUGCUGAAGCUGCUGGACAUGAAAGUGUUUGUGGACACCGACUCCGACAUUCGGCUCACGCGCCGGCUGAAGCGGGACGUGUCGCAGCGCGGGCGGGACAUCGCCGGCAUCAUCAGGCAGUACAACAAGUUCGUCAAGCCGGCCUUCGAGCGGUACAUCGAGCCCACCGUGCAGCUGGCCGACAUCGUGGUGCCCCGAGGCGGCGACAAUUUUGUGGCGCUGGAUUUGAUCGUUCAGCACGUUCACAGUCAGCUGGAGAAGGCGACUUCACCACUUUUGUGUGUGUGCGCGUGUGUCUAUGUCCUUCCUGUACGUGCACGGCCCUCCCGCCCCGCGUGGCUGAAUGCUGUGUCACCGUCCCAGCGGGAGAUCACUGUGAGGUCUGCUCUGGCGUCGGCUCACCAAGGUCAGCCUCUACCCGACACUCUGAGCGUCCUGAAGAGCACGCCGCAGGUGCGCGGCAUGCACACCAUCAUCAGGAACAAGGAGACCAACCGCGACGCGUUUGUUUUCUACUCCAAAAGAUUAAUGAGGCUCCUGAUCGAACACGCCCUCUCCUUCCUGCCCCUCAAGCCCGUAUCCGUGGAGACGCCUCAGGGUGGCGUCUACCACGGCCGGAGGCUGAGCGGUAAACGAAUCACAGGCGUGUCCAUCCUGAGGGCAGGCGAGACCAUGGAGCCGGCACUCACGGCCGUGUGCAAAGACAUCCGACUGGGGAAAAUCCUCAUCCAGACCAACCUCGACACGGGCGAACCUGAGCUGCACUAUCUGCGGCUGCCCAAAGACAUCAGUGAGGAUUUUGUCAUCCUGAUGGACAGCACCGUGUCCACCGGGGCCGCUGCGCUCAUGGCCGUCAGAGUUCUGCUGGACCACGACGUGGCCGAGAACAAGAUCUUCUUGCUGUCGCUGCUCAUGGCGGAGACGGGCGUCCACUCGGUGGCCUACGCCUUCCCCAAAGUGCGCGUCAUCACCACGGCCGUGGACAAGGAGGUCAACCACCAGUUCCACAUCAUCCCGGGCAUCGGUAAUUUUGGCGAUCGUUACUUCGGCACCGACGCUCCCUCGGACUGGUGCGAAAGUGACGACGGGGUGGACUUGUGACGAGACGCGAAAACAAAACAUCGCUGAGCCUCCCAGGUCCACAGAACAAACACUCGUGCCAACAAAUACUUGAUUUUCUUUCAUUACCAGUAAUGUGUUCAUGUUUUAUUUUCAUCUGACGAAGAGCCUUUGACUUUAAAAAGGGACAUCUUGAUCUUUAUCUAUUUAAUGUUCUAUCUACAAAGCUACAUCAGAAGGAGCCCCAUUUUUUUUUAAAUCCACUGAGCAUUUACACUUUUUCCCACUAAAACCACGUGGAUUCGACAGUAGUUUAUGAAAAAAGUGAUGUCUUUGAUGUAACCAUAGCUACCCCGGAUUAUUUGUUUUAGUGGAGCAGCUUUUACGACUUCCGGGUUGCGUUGACAGAAGCGUUCCGACUGUACGCACGUUUGUGUUGCGUGAUCAUGUUUCUGUCACUUCAUUCAGUGUUUACCCCUGCCCAUUUUAUAGUACUUUAAGGACAUUAUGGUGCGGACAUCCUCUAAGAAUUACAAAAAAAUUCUUUGUACUUGAAUUACAAAACUAUUUGUUUUUGGUUUACUUUUUAUAUACUGAAUGUAUUUUAUGGUGCCGUUCAUUAUAUUUGUGUAAUUUGCAACCUCUCAUCAGCCAAACGAAACCUUUCGUUACAAAAUGAGUGUCAGUGGUGUUAAUGCUGCUGCUGUUCAUUUUAACCAGUAUCAUUGAGCAAAGAUAGCUAAACUUCUUAUUCUAUUCUCUGGAUUUAAAUCUAAACCUCAACUGUGUGUCAGCCAUUUUGAAUGUUUUAAUUUAUUUUAUAAUUGACUGACUGUGACUUUACAGCCUCGUAUCCCGACAAAUGUUACGAUUUCAUAUGAUGGCCUUCUUUUUUUGUGAGGCUGCAUUUCAUCUGCUCCGCUCCACUGCGCACUUGAAAGGGAACGUGCCCCUCAUGGAGUGUUGGUUAAAUAAAAUAUUUCUUGUUAA